UCAGCGUUGGUGGUUAUUAUCGUUGCUAAAAGUCUUGCAAACGGGAAUCCCGCUUUAACUUUCAACACUUGAAUAGUGAUUUGUUGAGAUUAAUUGUAACUCUUAAGUUCUACUCCGAGAGAAACGACCUUAAUUUUCCUAUCCAGGAUGUUACGGAAGAAGGCGAAAUCGACUUCCGGUGUCUUCGAGGAAGCGGAUAAAUUUCGUCGAGCUAUUUAUCUUAACACAAUUACUGUUGCUGUUUUGGGAGAUUCUGGUGUAGGGAAGAGCUCAAUCAUUCGUCAUAUCGUAGGGGAGGCAUUUAUUCACGAACACGUGCCUACAGUAGAAGAAUUCUACGUGAAGCAGAUGACCUACAGAAACAAAACCUGUGAGAUUCACAUCAUCGAUACAUCGGGAACCUACGAGUUUCCUGCUAUGAGGCGAAUCGCCAUCCAAAAAUCCGACGCUGCAAUAUUAGUGUAUUCUCUGGACAAGCCGGGGUCCUUCACAAAGCUGGAAAGACUCAUGGAUGAGAUAGAGAGCUGCUGUGCCGACAGAAAUCGUCGAAUUCCAGUCAUCAUCGUGUCUAACAAGACCGAUCUUCCUAAUUUGUCGGAGCCAACCUUUGUCACCACGAGUGGCGAGCGAGUUAGCGCCUGUGAUCAUCUGGAGGGGAAAUGGAAGUGUCAAUGGCUGCCAUCUUCGGCCAGAUUCAACCUCAAUAUAGAUGUGAUACUUCCUAAACUCUUGGAUAAACUGUCUCCAGAGAAAACAUUUCAGAGAAAUAACAGCCAUAUUUGGAAACGCAGAUUCCGUUCACGUUCAGAUAAAAGCUGAGUGAAAAGCUCAUUGUCACUUCAUCCUGGCGGCUCCAAGUCACUUGUUCACUGGAGGACGACCG